AAUGUUAGUUCAUUGUUCUUGUUAGUGUGCUUACAACGACUGAAGAUAUUAGAUUGGUUAUUUUCUUUGCUCUAAAUCAACAUGUCGCUUAUCAAAAAUCCACGAGUUGAAUGCGGAAAAAUUCUGCAGAACUGCACUGGGCAGUACUUUUUUGUGUGCUCCACAUGCGAACUGGAAUUCGUGACAUUGUCAAGCUUUCUGAGUCAUCAAAAUGAUGGACAUGAGGCCGAUGAAUUGCGAAAUCAAUCAAAUGAUUUGACCAUACCGUUCUUGGAACAAACGGACGAGAUUACAGUCGACACAGAUACUUCAGAUUCCGCGGAUGAUUGCUCCGAGCCUGUAGAGAAGAUCAGGGCUGGAUUGGGUACAUCUUCUCAAUGCGAACCGCGACUUACCAGAUUAGUUUCGCCGAAGCCGAGAAAAACGGCCAGAAAGAUUGGUUUCGCACCUUCGUUCGACAAAUACAAGUGUAAAAAUUGCCGUGCAACAUUCAGUACAAUGGUCAAUUUGGAUUAUCACGAAGUGGUAUGCAUGAUGUUGCCGGUGGGAUUCUAUUCUGACUAACAAACCGUUCGACGACAAAAUUGGACUACAGACACACAAGUGACUGUGCAAUCGAUCCUUAUUAUCCAUCCAUUUUCACAUCCUACCUACAUCUAUCUACCUGCAUUGAAAGGUAUAUCCAUCGAAAUGCAAAAUGAAUUAUUGACUAAAUGAAACUAUUAAUAAGUGAAUUGAAUUGACUUAGGCCGACCAUGUGUACAAAAAUUCUCUCCUCUCAAAACCCUAGCGCUCUCUCUCUCAAUUUUUUUUUCUUGGUCACUUUCGAAAAAUGGUCGGCCUAGAUGUCUACCCGUAUUGAGGGUAUCUACAUUUAUACGAAAAACAAAUUAUUGAAUAAAUAUGAAUUGUGAAUUA